AUGGACAUGGACAUGGACAUGGAAUUGGAAUCGUUGAAAGGGCGCGGGAGCGCGCCAGACACGCCCUCGCCCUUGGAUCUGGUCUGUGUGGGAUUUGGGGCGAGCGCGCUGUCCAUCGCUGUUGCGUUGCAUGAGAGACGAGCGCUCGACAAGACGGUCUUCCUCGAACGGCAGCCCGAGGAGACCUGGACGCCCGGCUCCUGUUCGGACUCGACUUCGCCCGCCAGUCGCGGCCGGCUGAGGACAUCGUUCCUGAACGACCUGGUCACGUCGGAGAACCCGCGGUCGAAAUUCACCUUCAUGAACUACCUGCACGCGACUGACCGGCUGGUGGUCUAUGCCAACAGUUCCCAACUCCAUCCGUCGCGUGAGAUGUACGCCGACUAUCUGCGCUGGUGUGCGGCCUCCUUUCAGCACCAGGUCAGCUUCGGGAAGCAGGCGAAGUCCAUCUCUCCGGUUUCGGUUCCGGCGCGAGAACGAGACGGCCCAGGGCCCGGCCCUGUGCGAGCUUGGAACGUGGUGUUUGUCGACGUGGCGACUGGACGACAGGACUCCAUUGUCGCCAACCAAGUCAUCUGUGCGGUCGGCCUGCAGCACUAUAUCCCUACGUCUCUCUCCAGCCUUGGCCCCGGCCUUUCCCCUUCGUCCGGCCCCGUUGUCCACGCCGCAGAGUCUUUGCCGCGCAUUGCAGCGGUCUUGCGCGCAACGGGCGGAGAGGCCCGGUUGGCCAUCGUCGGUGACGGCCAGACCGCCGCCGAACUGUUCGACCAUCUCCAUGGCAUUCGCGCCGACCAUCAGGUGGUCUGGUUCACGCAGGAUCCGGUCCUACGAGCCACGGACGACACGCCCUUUGUCGCCGACAAGACCGCCAGGCCCACCUCAAAGAUGGGACAGACACUGCCGGUGGAGCUGAGACGAAGAGCCAUCGGCGAGGGCCUCGGCCUCGCCACGGUUCCGGAACCCCAGUCCGCCAUUGACCGGCAGCUCGUCGCGAGCAUCUACGAGAUCCAGUACGGCCAAAGCGUGAAGCAGGCGGAUGCGAACCAAUGGCGAUUCCAGAUCAAAUUGCAGCAUCGGUUGGUCGGGGCGGAACGAACGGCAAAUGGUCAAGUCCGGCUGUGGUUCCAGCAGCCAGAAUCAAAAGACCAGGACCAGGAUCAGGACCAAAACGAAGGCCGGCGCAACGUGUUCGACUUGGUCAUAGCCGCGACAGGCUACGCCAGAUCAGAAUACAAGAAGCUCACGCAGCCCCUGGUUGCCAGCGGCUUGUUGGAUGGUGCCCAGAUCACCGUGGACCGAGACUACCAGGUCAAUUUCCGCUCCGGCACCUGCGCCGCGGGAUGUGGGUUGUGGUUACAGGGUGCCUUGGAAGGAGACGAUACGGAUGACAACCUAUACCCGGUUCUCGCGGCACGGAGCAGCCGUGUCGUCGACUCGAUACUGUCCCAACGAUCUGACCGACUGAACUCGGACGCCACGGCCAUCCCGGCCGAGGAGAGAGUGGCACGGCUCUAA